UCUUCCUCCUCAGAGCUGUGACUUCCUCAUUGGCCGACGCGUGUUAGAUGUGACUUACGAGCACCCUCCUAAAACAAGAACGAAAACCGGCGGCCAAAACAGGCACGCAGAAACGCACAGAGGCACCGGCUGCAGAUGAGGCAUCGCCAGCGACUCCGUUAGCGCCUGGGGAGCCAAAUAACCUGAGGGGGAACGAGCAGGACGGGCCCAGAAGAAGAGAGGCUGGUCGGGCUCCACUGCCAGCAUGCUGCGACAGUCCCUGAGCAUCCUGAAGCAGCUCAGCUCUGCAGCGAGGUCACAAGAUGCCACUGAGCUUUUACAUGAGGACCUGGUUUUGGUGGAGCAGCGGGUGGAGCCGACCAAAAAGGCGGCGCAGGUCCUCCACAAGAAGCUGCUGGGCUGCAUGCAGAGCCAGCCGGGGCUGGAGGCCGAGAGGCGCAUGAAAAAGCUCCCGCUGAUGCUGCUGUCUGUCAGCAUGGCAGAAAGCUUCAAGGACUUCGAUGCAGAGUCUUCCAUCAGGCGAGUCCUGGAGAUGUGCUGCUUCAUGGAGAAGAUGCUGGCGAACAUGCUGGCAGACUUUGAAAUGAAACUAGAGAAGGAGGUUCUGGAGCCACUCAACAAGCUCAGUGAGGAUGAUUUACCAGAGAUUCUCAGAAAUAAAAAGCAGUUUGCAAAGCUCACCACGGACUGGAACAACGCAAGAGCCAAGAGCCAGGCCAGCACUGGUCCUCAGGCCAAGCAAGAUGGUCUCAGGGAGGAGGUGGAAGAGGCCUGGAGGAAGUUGGAGAGCAUCAAGGACCAGUACUCUGCAGACCUGUAUCACUUUGCCACCAAAGAAGACGACUACGCCAACUACUUCAUCCGCCUGCUCGAGCUACAAGCAGAAUACCACAAUCACUCCCACCAGUUCCUGGAGAAAAACAUCAGCGAGCUCAAAGAGAAUCACAGUCAGAAAGGUCACGCGCUGAGCCUCUCCAGUCAGAAGGUCUACAGGGAGCCCCUGCACGCUCACCUGUCUCAGAGCAACAGGGAGAUCGCUGCACCCAUCCAGGAGUGCAUUCACAUGCUGCUGAAGACGGGCAUGCGGGAGGAGGGCCUGUUUCGUCUCACGGCGGCAGCGUCGGUGGUGAAGAGGCUGAAAACGUGUUUGGAUCAGGGAACAGUCGAACACGGCGACUUCAGCAUGGACCCCCACGCUGUGGCUGGAGCCCUGAAGUGUUACCUGCGAGAGCUUCCUGAACCUCUGAUGACCUUUGAACUCUACAGUGAGUGGUUUAAAGCAGCAGGGGAAAAGGACAUGACAGAGAAGCUGGAGCAGUUCAGAGCACUACUGAAGAGGCUCCCGCCUGAGAACUACAACAACCUCAGGUACCUGAUCCAGUUCUUGUCUCUGCUGUCGGAACAACAGGCUGUGAACAAGAUGACACCCAGCAACAUCGCCAUUGUCCUGGGGCCCAACCUGCUCUGGCCUCGAGCUGAAGGCGAAGCCGCUCUGCUCGACAUGGCGUCUGCUUCUUCGGUCCAAGUGGUCACGGUGAUCGAGCCCCUCAUUCAGCACUGCUCCAGCCUCUUCCCCGAAGCCGUGUCCUUUGACGUCCAGGACCUACCUGCCGUUCCAGAUGUGCCGCUGCCUUCUCCCAUUUCCCAAGCUCCGAUCCCAGAAAAGGAGCCUCUGAGCAGAACAGCCUCCUCCUCUUCAUCCACGUCCUCCUCGUGCGCCUCUUUUCACCUCCCUCUCUCCAAGACGAGCAGCACGGCUUCUCUGGACAGCGCCGGCUUCUUCCUGGUGAAGUCUGGCUCCGUGAGCCGCAGCGGCACCACCACCUGGGGCAGCCCCGUGUCCGAGGCGGCGCCACCGACGCCUCCCUCCUCCUCGGCGCCGAUCCCCGACGCUUCCGCUGCCGGCGGCUCAGCAACAAACCAGGUGCCGGUUCCUCCUCCCAGAGGGACCACUGCCAACAGGAGUCCCGUCCAGAAGCAGAGCUCGGACCAGUCCCAGCUGGAGCCCAUUCUGGAAGCGCCUCCGGAAUCUCCCAAGGCACUAGUGAUGAUCAACUCACCGUAUAAACCCAAAAGAACCUUCCCUCUGAACAAAAGCCACGAGCCGGUGACGGUUCAGUACUCCAAACCCAGAGCCCCCCUGCCCCCCAAGCUCCAGGCCCCCCCCCGGCCCCCCGCCGCCCCAGUGGACGCCGACACUGUGACGCAGCCCACGCCUGCGACCCAGCAGACGCCUGCGACCCAGCCCACGCCUGCGACCCAGCAGACGCCUGCGACCCAGCCCACGCCUGCGACCCAGCAGACGCCUGCGACCCAGCCCACGCCUGCGACCCAGCAGACGCCUGCGACCCAGCAGACGCCUGCGACCCAGCCCACGCCUGCGCCUCGGGGGCAGGCGGCCAUCGUCAAAAAGCCUCCGCCCAAAAAACCCGGAGUAAGAGCCCCCAAAUGCCCCCCCCCACUGCCGCCGCCGUCACAGGCCAAAGAGGUGUCCACGUUAGCACAAUGAAGACACAACCUAUGACGAACUCCUGAACUCCUUCUCAGCUACAGCUCUUCGACCGUGCAGAUGCCUGGUUGGUUGUUGAUGAUAACACUGUUUUAUAUUGUUUAUGAACAACCCUAUUCUUGCAUUGGUCAGUCUGAUAAAUCUUUGCCUGCUUCACUUACUUACUUUGGGUUUAUCUAUGUUUUCAUAACCAGUAUUACCUAUUUAUUUGCUUAAGGUUUGGAUUAUUUACGGUAUAUAUUUCCCAGUAUGCUAAAUAUAUUUUGGUAAAAGAAAUACUGUAAAUAAAAUUAAUGAUUCUACAACA